AUGUCUCGCUCUCCCGCAGAGAUGCUUCUUACUUUUACACUCCUCCUCGUCUACAUUUGCUUCUACUCAGUGUUAAUCACCAUCACACUGCCAAUGACCUUUUUUGGAGUGUGCCUCGGCAUUAACACUGUCUUUCAGGCCGUUCUUGAAAGAGUUCUCGGCCCAUUGAUUGCGAGGCAACUUCUGGGCAACGAUGAUCCCGUGUUGGAAGGGUUGAUUGCAGAGAGGAGAAGACUUCUUGGAGGGCGACCAAUGCCCGGACAGUACACUCUGGACGAGGAGAUUGAUACGCCGCAGAACCCUCUGGAUGAGGAGAUUGAUGCGCCGCAAGAAAGAGUCAGACGCCCGUUUAGAAUUUUACUUAUGGAGAGGGAAAUGCUGAAUGAGCAUCGGAUUGCGCAGUAUCGUGGAUGGCUUCGUCAGAUGGAGCAUCCUGCGGAAUGGGAGCUUGAAGAUAUUGAAGCCCAGGUGACUGAGGAUUUUGAAUCUGAUGAGGCGGACUAG